CGACAUACAUACGUGUUUAAAAAAGUAUAGAUAUUCUAUUCGUUCAUGAAAUUCACUAUACCAAUGAGACAUUUUGAUAACAUAACCAACCAUAAGAAACAAAAUAAUUAAAAUUUUCUUCCGUUUUUGGUGAAAUUAUCAAAUGAAAGGAGAGAUAAAAAAAGAACUAAAAUACGUUCAUUUUUAACAAACUUAACCUUUAAAUUUAUAUCAUUUGUAUAUUAAUAAGAAUAUAUUAGUAAAAAAUGGGAAAACAAAAGAGACAAAGAAGUAAACCCCAUAAGCAGAAUCCUACAGGACUUGUGUCUGUCAAGGAUUUUGAGAGUGAAGAGAUUGAAAAUGUUACGAAUGAAGAUCGGGAACGUGCUCUACAGAGAGUAUACGAAGAGAUAAAGUCUGUUAAUGUGGAGGAAAAAUUAUCCGGAUUGCAAGCAAUUGAAUUGAUGUCAUGCAAUUCAGCACUUGCUGUACAGAUUGCAAAGAGUGAAAUUGCUAAAUUAGUUGGCCCACUACUUGUCGAUGAGAAUGUACUUGUAAGAGCUUGUAGUGCAAGUGCUUUGAGGUAUAUAGCAGAUAAUGGAAAAACAGAAGCACAUAGAAGUUUAUUGAAAGAUGAUAUUAUGACUCCACUGUGUACUUUGUUGACGCAAUAUUAUAUAAAUUGGCAACCAAAGGUUGAUCAUAAUGGGAAAGGCAAGACAACUGAUGAAAGAGAAGCUUUUAUCCAAGCAGUCACAUUACUGUGGACGCUAUGUGAACAUAGUGAAUUUGCUAUAAAAUGUUGUAACAAAGAUGAUAUUGUUUCUAUUCUGACAAAAUUUUUUGAUAUCACUUCCUAUGGCAUAGAAAUUGCAACAGUUACAAUGCAAUGUUUAUUAUCUUUAUCAGAAAAUAAUCCUAUUGCUGCUAGAAAGCUUCAGAGCUGUGAAAAUAUGCUUAUUCAGCUGUUAAAUGCAGAAAUAAAGGAUACUACUAUUUCUGAAGUAGUAUGUUUUAAAACUGCCCUGAGCGGUUUAUUGAUUAAUCUGACUAGUUAUACGGAAAAUAAUUCUAUAAUUGUAGUAUGCGAAGUGAUAAAUGUACUUUCUAAUACACUUUCUAUUGAUUGUAAACAGUUAUUAUCCAAUUUGACUUCAAUUUUACCUCAUGAAAAAAAUGCUUUUUCAAGCAGUGCAAAGAAGAAGGUACAAGAAAACCGAAGGAUUUUUGGUGCACAGCAACAAGCACUAGAGAUUUUAGCCAACUUAUGUUCAGAAGACCAAGAAAAUGAGAAUGAAUCUGAUUUGGAAGAUUCAGAUUGUGAGAUUGGAGGUAUAGAUGAUGUUUGUAUGGAUAAUAAAUUAUACAAAAUCUUCUCUCUCCCACUAGAAGUAGUGGAAGUAUUUAAUACUUGUAACAUAGUAAGUAAAGUAUGGGAUAAAACUAGAUUUGUGGAUGAAGAUACAAUAGAAAUAUUACAACAAAAUAAUGAAGGAAAGGACAUCUUAAAACAAGUUCAUAAACUAAAAUGUACAGCUUAUUUAUGUUUAAAUAACUUGAUGUCAAGUUUAGAAGUCGAUGUACUUGGUGGUAUGGAAAAUAUAUAUAGAAUGUGGAUGGACAUUGGAACAGUUGUCUUCAAAGAUACAAACCCAAAUGAUAUUGAACUAUUGGAGUCUGCUACAUCAGCUAUGAGAGCAGCUAUUCAAAGGCUAUCAAAAGAAGAAGCAAAAAUUUUUAAUCGGUUAACACUGGCUGACGUUCAACCAAUGAUAAACGGAGAGCGUCAAUGUCCAAAUACGAACGUCCGCGUGAAUUUGAUACGAACAUUAGGUACUUUAGCUUUGAUUUUAAUGAACAAUGAUACUCCCGAAGCUCACGAGUUAAUUAAGCACGUGUCUACGUUUUUAUUAGACAUUUGUAAGACGGAGUUGUCGGUUUGGAUCAUGGCAGAAUCCUUAGAUACAAUAAUGGAUAUAUAUGCAGAAGACGAUAGCGAUCAGUUAGCAAGUGAAAUUAAAUUAGUAGAAAAAUUACACGUCCUGGCACCACUUUUUAAGAACAAGAUGAGACAACAAAGGAAAAAUUUAGGAGACAAUGUUGCAAUAGUGUCUACAGUGAAUACAAAUAUCAUGAGGUUCAUAAGGUACAAAGAAAAAAGAAUUCGAGAUCUUUAGAAACCUUUUUGUUUUCUUUUCUUUUUUUUUUAUACAUUAAUAUUUUUUUGUAAAUUACAUAUACUAGUACAUUAAUGUACUAAAUUAAUAUUUACAAUUUGUAACAAUAAAAGCUUUCUCUAUCUCGAA